AUACAAAACUGAUCCCAGCCAUUCCUUCUAUUUCCUCUCUCACUCUCUCUCUCUCUCUCACACAUGUGUGAACAUAGAUUGUAUGAACAGAAUCUAUGGAUAAACGUUCCCAGAAACAAGCCAACAUGGCCUCUAGUUCCAAUUCAGAAGAGGUGAGUAGUAUUGAGUGGGAGUUCAUAAAAAUGACUGCACAAGAAGAAGAUCUUGUCAACAGAAUGUACAGACUAGUUGGAGACAGGUGGGAAUUGAUAGCAGGGCGGGUUCCUGGACGAAAAGCAGAAGAAAUAGAGAGAUACUGGAUGAUGAGACACAGUAAGGUGUUCGCUCAAAAAAGAAAGGAACAUCGUGCCAGAAAUUCAUGAAAGCUUCACCCCAUUUGAUCACUACAUAUUUACACAUUUUUUAUUACCUCUUUUCAUCUUUAUUGGCAUUCCUUAUGUGGAUUUUAUAUAUGUUUCAAUCAACUAUGUUUACUAUAAGGUAGUUGUAGGAGAUUUUCUAGUCCAAGAAGACUGUUGCGCGUACAAAGCCGAACAUAAAAUGGUGGAAUAAUAAGAAAGCAAGUGAACGAUAGUGUUUAGGUUUACGUCGACUACUUCUAUCGAAUUCAAAUAUUUGUUACCGUAGCUCGAGCAGAUUUAGAACAUGUCUCAUAAAAGAACAAGGUUACUCACCCUUAGGGGUAUGCUCAAGUAUUGAAUCUCUCAUUCAAUCAGAUUGAUUCAAAGAUCAAUAGUCAAGUUUUGCUAUGAUCUAAGCCAUUCUGCGGGAAAAUUCUACUGUUUUAAGUUAUUGGACAAACUUAG